GCGCGAGCCGACGAUCACGCGCUGUGGCGCAGCAGCGUGUUUUUGCGGCCGUGACCACGGCAGGCGCCGUGGCGUUGGAGUCUAGGCAUAAAAUCCGGGGCGGCAGCAGAGAGAUGCUUACGUAACGGGUUUGCCUCCUCCCCAUGGGGGAGCGACGCGUCGCUGGAACGACGACGGAUGACUCAAUCCUCCCGAGGGGUCGACCUAUCAUGAAUUUUUCAGAUCAGCAUCACCAACUGGCUCCAUCUGCACGUUCACGUUCUGUUCAAGCUAGCACUGCUGGCCCUGCAGACACCGCCAGCUACCCCGCCGCCUACCUUCCACCCACCCACCUACCACCAUGGCUGAGGAAAUCGCAAGAAACGCUCAUUUGGCGUCCACCGUACUGAAGACGCUCUCGGACAAACAGCGGUCCGACGCCCUACACAGCAUCAGAGAUGCUCUGCUGCACUCCAAGGACAGCAUCCUCGCCGCCAACAGAAAAGACAUGCAGAACGCCGUAGACAACAACCUCUCUUCGUCUCUCAUCAAGCGGCUCGACCUCUCCACCAACGGCAAGUUCGACGCCAUGUGCGACGGCAUCAUCGAUGUGGCCAAGUUGGAAGACCCUUUAAACAAGGUGACCCUUGCCACACAGCUCGACGACGGCCUAGACCUCUACAGGCUCACUUGCCCUGUUGGCGUCCUGCUCAUCAUAUUUGAGAGUCGGCCUGAGGUCAUCGCCAAUAUCUCCGCCUUGGCCAUCAAGUCCGGCAACGCUGCAAUUCUCAAGGGAGGCAAGGAGUCCCUCAACACCUUCCAGGCAAUGUCCAGCGUCAUCAACGACGUCCUGCAGAACAAAACAGACGUUCCGGACAACAGCAUCCAGCUCAUCAGCACCAGAGGAGAGGUCGCAGACCUUCUCAAACAGGACUCCUACAUCGACUUGGUCAUCCCAAGAGGUUCCAAUGCCCUCGUGAAAAACAUCAAGGAAAACACAAAGAUCCCAGUUUUGGGCCAUGCCGACGGCAUCUGCUCCAUCUACCUCGACAAAGACUUGGACGUGUCAAAGGCAUGCAAGAUCGUCGUCGAUUCCAAAACAAAUUACCCUGCAGGCUGUAACGCCGUCGAAACCUUGCUUAUCGAUAAACAUCUCGACAAAUCCUUGGAAACACAGAUCUUGAAAAGCCUGCUUGACGCGAAGGUCACCCUCCAUAUUUCCCCAGAUCUCCUUUCACAGAUUGAUGAGUCCUUGCUAAAGGAAUACGUUGAUCAGAUUACCCCGGCUUCUGAAGAUGACUUCCGCAAGGAGUUCCUCUCGUUCGACAUAGCAGUCAAAGCCGUCGAAAACGUACAAGACGCUGUCCUCCAUAUCAAUGCUCACUCUUCCAAACACACGGACGCCAUCAUAACAGAAAACGACAAGACUGCAGACGUUUUUUUGAAGGGAAUAGAUUCCUCUGGCGUCUACUGGAACUGCUCCACAAGGUUUGCAGACGGUUUCAGAUACGGUUUCGGUACAGAGGUCGGCAUCUCCACAAACAAAAUACACAGCCGUGGUCCCGUCGGUCUCGAAGGCUUGGUCUGCUACUACUACCAGAUGAGGGGUUCCGGACAGGUCGUCGGUGACUACCUCGGAGGAGGUGGCACCCGUGUCUUCAAGCACAAGUCCUUGGAUCCUAGUAGUGUAAUACUUUAAUCUUCCAACAUAUCUUUCCCUCUUUGCCAGGGACAGACACCUUAAUAAUACUUUUUGUAAUAAUUUGGCGCGAGCUCAGCAAUAAUUAAUAAUAAUACCAGAUUUUGGGGCAGGA